AUGGCCAUUGGCUCAACUUACCCCAUGGCCAUUGGCUCAAUUUACCCCAUGGCCAUUGGCUCAAUUUACCCGAUGGCCAUUGGCCCAAUUUACCCCAAGGCUUCCAGAGAGGCCCACCCAUCUCUCCUACAAGGCUUCCAGAGAGGCCCACCCAUCUCUCCUACAGGCUUCCAGAGAGGCCCACCCAUCUCUCCUACAGGCUUCCAGAGAGGCCCACCCAUCUCUCCUACAGGGUUCCAGAGACACCCACCCAUCUCUCCUACAGGCUUCCAGAGACACCCACCCAUCUCUCCUACAGGGUUCCAGAGACACCCACCCAUCUCUCCUACAGGCUUCCAGAGAGGCCCACCCAUCUCUCCUACAGGGUUCCAGAGACACCCACCCAUCUCUCCUACAGGCUUCCAGAGAGGCCCACCCAUCUCUCCUACAGGGUUCCAGAGACACCCACCCAUCUCUCCUACAGGGUUCCAGAGACACCCACCCAUCUCUCCUACAGGGUUCCAGAGACACCCACCCAUCUCUCCUACAGGCUUCCAGAGACACCCACCCAUCUCUCCUACAGGCUUCCAGAGACAUCCACCAAUCUCUCCUACAGGCUUCCAGAGACACCCACCCAACUCUCCUACAGGCUUCCAGAGACACCCACCCAUCUCUCCUACAGGGUUCCAGAGACACCCACCCAUCUCUCCUACAGGCUUCCAGAGACACCCACCCAUCUCUCCUACAGGGUUCCAGAGACACCCACCCAUCUCUCCUACAGGGUUCCAGAGACACCCACCCAUCUCUCCUACAGGCUUCCAGAGACACCCACCCAUCUCUCCUACAGGGUUCCAGAGACACCCACCCAUCUCUCCUACAGGGUUCCAGAGACACCCACCCAUCUCUCCUACAGGCACGUCUCUCUGA